UAUUACGAUUUUUUUUUUUAAUUCAAAAAAUUUAGAAAACUUUAGAUAAUAAAAAUUUUAUAAUUAUAUAAUAUUUCGAAAUUCAAAAUGUCAUACUUAUAUAUAUAUUUAUUUUAGUGAUGAUUUAUGAUUUAUUACCAUAUUCCAUAAAGUUUACCAAAAUAUAAAUCAAUAUUAAGUCUAAUAUAUGAGUUAUUGCCAUAUUCUAAAAAGAUUUCCAAAAAAUAUAUCAGCAUUAAAUGUAAUUGUCCAUGUCAUAUUUAACCAUAUGACAUGUCAUCAAUCUUAAUAGCCACGUCAUAAUUGUUUUUGCGAAAACGAUUGUAGAGAAGACAUGUGGCAAAUCACUUCUCAAAUAUAGACUAGGGGAUACACAUUUCACAUUUCACAGUGACUUCUUACAUGCAUGGAUCCUCCACCAAAAAGAACCCCUUUUCUUUAGUUUCCAAAUACUUAAUUAUCAAUCUCUUUUUCCUGGCUUUAUCUUCUCUCCUGAUAGAAACUUUUCCCAGUCAAAAUAUAAGAGCUUUAAAGUAAAACUUCCACUAAGGUUCAUUAUACAUAUAUACUCCUCAAGUUCUCAUAUAUAAUUGUUUCACACACUUUCUUUCCUCUAUAUCUUCUCUUCCCUCUUAGUUUGUUCUUAAAAUGGCAUCAAAAGGAAAGAACCCAAUAAGAAGAACAACUUCGAGAAGAAGAAAAGGAAUCAAGAACCCAUCUCCUCCAUGUAGUAUCACUAGUGACGUCACUUCAACGUCAUCAUCAACUUCGAUAUCUUUAACCGCUACGUCAACGUCGACGAUUCCAGCCAGUGGAUGUUGUACUCCGGUAUCUAAGAAGUCACGAAUACCAGAGAUGCUGACGUGUCCGCCGGCGCCAAAGAAGCAAAGGGUGGCGCAGAACAUUGCUUUGAGGAGGAGACAGAUAUCUUUCUUUGCUCCUCCAGAUGUAGAGUUUUUCUUUCUUGUCGCACAUGGUCAACAAAUCAAUAAAUAAGUUAAGUUUAUAGUUAGGUUUUCGUGGUUGUUCUCAUGGUAUGAUCAAUCUCAAGCUUCUACUUUCUAGUUUGGUUCAAAUACAAUAAUUGAAGGUAUAUUAUAGAGAGUGUAGUGUGAAAUGUUUUUCUUCUUUUCUUCUUGACUUGCUUUUUUCUCUCUUUCACUCUUUGGUAUUUUUAGAUUCUGAUAAUUUUGAAGUUGUGGUAGGUUAUAAUUUAUCGAGCACCCUAUCUCUUUUAAUUAUUUAUUUUGUAACUUUUAAAUUAUGUUUUCUGUAAUGGAAUAUGCGUGCUAACAUUUCGGGAUUGUUAGCUUUGCAGUUUUGUUUGUAUUUUGAUUAAUUUGAGUUAAUUACGAGCUGUGUUGUUUUGCA